UAUAACGCGGUCUCCGGGAGCCAGCGGGGAAGAAAGAAGCCGAGCGGGCGGAAGGCGCCCUCCCCGCCGCCUGGGCCCCGGCACCGGGUGCCGGGCCCGGGGUCCUUCCCGCCUCCUGCGGCCGCCGGCCGCUUUGUUUCCCCAGCCUCUGCGCUCCGGGCAACUCAAGAGGGGCUCCCGCCGAGGCUGCACAGGGCUCGCGGCGGCAGGAAGGGCGGCCGACCGCGCCGGGACUCACGGGGACCCAGGAGUCCGGCCGCCGAGAGGGCCGCGUGACGAGAUCGAAGAGGGACCCGGAGCUCCGUGGCCCACGGGUGCGGGCCGGGGGCGCUCGCGAGCAGAGACCUCCCCGUCGAGGGGGGGCGAUGUUCCCCUCGCCCGUGGGCUCUUCGGGCACUCAGGGCAUCCCGCCGCUGGGACCAGGGCCCCCUCAGUGGACACCCUCCCGGAAAGUUCCAUGGAGACUCUGUGCCCCGCUCCCCGCCUCGCAGUGCCGGGGUCCCCGCGAGGGUCACCCUGCUCCCCCACACCCCGGAAGCCGCGUCGGGGGACCCAGGAGUUCUCUCCUCUGUGCCUGCGUGCCCUUGCCUUCUGCGCCCUUGCCAAACCCCGGGCGUCCUCUCUGGGCCUGGGGCCUGGGGAGCUGGCGCCGCGGGCUCCGGUGCUGCUGGGCCCUUGCGCCCCGCUGUGCACGGGCGGCAGGGCCCCGGAUGGCCUGAAGCACCUCGCGGGACAGGCCGGGCGGUCCAGCGAUCCCAACUCCCCGGCCCGCCAGGAUGCCGACGCCGCAGUGUGCCGGGGCCGCGGCGAGGAGGAAGAGGGCGGAGGCAGUUUCCCGCACUUCAGCGCUCGCUUCGGCGUACCUCCCGGCCACUGCCCGGCGCCCCGGCGCCCUCGGGAAUCUCCGACCAGCUCCGUCUCGGCUCCGCCUAGGCCAGCCCUGGCUCUCGACUCUCAGCCUGGCCCCGCCGCUAGCCCGCAUCAGGAGCCAGGUUCUUGGUCUCCGCCGCCACCUGCGGGCCUCUCCUCUGAGCCCAUGGGGCCUGGGGCCGCGCCGGAACCGCCCCCGCCGAACCAGACGGCCGCAGUCGAUGGAAACCCUCCGAAGGUCGCCCCCGAGGCACCGGCCUCCAGCCCCUCGACGGCCAGCGAAGCUCCGGCCGCGCCCGGCGAUCUCCGCCAGGAACAUUUCAAUCGUCUGAUCCGCCGCUCGAAACUGUGGUGUUACGCGAAGGGUUUCGCCCUCGACACUCCGAGUUUGCGCCGGGGGCCCGAGCGGCCCCCAGCCAAAGGGCCCGCCCGAGGAGCCGCCAAGAAACGCCGGCGGCCGGCGCCCCCCCAACGCAGCGCGCAGCCCCGCCGACCUACCCCGACGCUCCCCACCACGAGCACCUUCAGUCUCCUCGACUGCUUCCCCUGCCCCCCGGCCCUGGUGGUGGGGGAGGACGGAGACUUAGGGCCGGCAUCCUCGCUUCGCCUCCAGGGAGACGCUAAGCCCCCGCCUGCCCACCCGCUGUGGAGGUGGCAGAUAGGGGGUCCCGCUGUCCCUGAGCCCCCCGGCCUCAAAUUCUGGGGAAUCAACUUGGAGCAGCCCUGAGCGUGAGACCUCUUCUGCCAAGGGGGGAAGAGUGGGGGCCACAGCCAGACUGCGGGCUCGAGAAUAGAACGUCAUUUCUCACCUUGCCUGUCCUCUUUAGGUUUUAUGGGCUGUGGUCAGAAGGACCUCAAAUGACAGUGAUCUUCAAGCACCUAACUGGUUGCAGUGACACCCCCUCCCCCUCAUCCUUUGGAGAAGAACCAAGGACUGGAGUCGGGAGAAGGCUUAACCGAAAAAGGCUUAAAGACGUAGAUUCCAAUCCCUCCCCUCUUCCAUCUCGGAUCUCUGGGGGCAGGGCCUUCACCCCAGGGGGAGUCGAGGAGGCUACAACUCAAAGAGGAGGAAAAAAAAUAGAGGGAGAGAGACCUUGGUGAUGGACAAACCGGUUGUUUCUGUGGGCGAGCCUGGGGAUGGGGUGGGGGCUGUGGUGGGGGUGGGGAGGUGAUUGGCAGCUCCCUGGGGGCAUCCUCUACCCCCCACCAACCAGGCCUUUAACCCUUCACUCCCCUCAGGCCUUCCCUAGCCUCCAAGCACCACUGUAGCCUUCAUGGGGACCGAAGCAGCUUAGGUAAGGGUAAGAUCACCCUCUCCCGGUUCUUUUCCUAGGGUCCCCCAAGUCAAGUGACCCCUAGUUACUGAGGUCUUCAUUCUCAGCCACCAGUCUUUCCCCUUUGUCCAGUUUGGGAGUUUCCGUCAGUAUUCCAUUUGCUUUCAGGUUAUAAGAUCUGAUGGGUAAAAGAGGACACCCCCACAACCCCCACCCCACCCCCCACCCACCCCCACCCCUGCCAUGAGUCUGCCACCUCCUCUAGUUUAAUCCUGGUAUUAGGAGGGGCAAGGCUGAGGAAACUCCUGCCCUUCAGAAGUACAAACUGCCAGGGGAAGGAGCCAGAGACCAUCCCAGGGAAAGUAAUGGAAGGUGGAAGAAAUCAAUAAAAUCAGACCAAACAAGUUGCCCUUCCUUCCAGGUCCUCUCCACCGUUUAAGGAUGGAGGGCGUGGAGGUAGAGGGCACGCCUAGGGCCAUUCUUUGGACACCCAAACUCAGCCUCCUUCAAGGCUAGAAACAAGACAAGCUGCUCUUUGUGGAGGGGGUAGAUGAAAGGGCUCUUGGCCUAACCACAAGGUCCAGUGGGGUGUUUGCAGGGACUCAGUUUGAGUCUGGAUGGGAACUGGGUUGAGAAACCUUUAGCAUUCUCCCCCCACCCAACUUCAGGCAUUUCGGGAGUUGUCAGGGACCUGAUGGAUCCGAAAGAGGCAGGGCCGGGGAUUAGUUUUGAGGUCAGAAGUUCUGUUUUCCUGGGGGAGGGGAGCGAGUCAGAGGGGAGUGGACUUACUUUCUCCACCCAGGUGAGGUCUGGGGAGUUUAGCUCUUAGGGAAAUUCCAAGUUUAGGUUUGAGGGGAACCUGGGGGUUGCCGAUCUGUCCAGUAGUGAGGGACCCGGUGACCCUUCUGUCCACACUAGUGAAUAUUGUUUUUUUCCCCUUUUCCCCCAAGAAGGGAGGAGGGAGGAACAAUUCCCAUAUAUGAUACUGGGGAAGGACUUGUCUCCUUUUCUGUGAAAAUGCUUUGUAAAAAGUUGUUAAUGUUUGCAUAGAGCAGAUUCUUGGGGAAAAAAAAAAAACUGUUUUGGACCACAAAA